AGCUCGGACAUGCUCGAGUUCAACAGUGUUCCAUACCAAUUUGUGAUAGACUGACCACGUCACUCGUGCCCAACAUUCACCCUCGCACCGCGCACGAGCAUCCCCGCGAGGUCAAAGCGGCUUCUAGGAGGCUUCGACGAAUCGGCUCCAAGAAGGCUAUUGCUGACCUCGCUGUAUACUGCGGCUUGAGGCAGCGACACGAUCCCCGGUUCGAGCACGCGACGAUGCGGUAGCAGUAUUUCUUCCACCUGCUCCGCCUACAACACCCGCGCCGCGCCCAUGCGCACGCGAUCGCGCAUACAAUGACACGCGAAGGCAGUGGAGGCGGCGGCGCCUUGCCGUCUGCGCAUGGGACCUCGAGCCAGACCUUCCUGCCAGAGGCCGUCUACGGACAGCGGUCUAAGCACCCGCAGCCUUCGAGCAUCAACAUCGAGCCCACCAGCGCGCCCUCGAGUACGCCCGCCAGCAAUAAAUCUGCGCCCGCGGGGACCUACAGGCCGAGCACCGCGGCCUCGACGAAUUCGCAGCCGAGCGUGCAGCAUGCCCGGAAUGGCUAUCACGAUGAUGAUGAUGAGGACUCAGAUGAGGAUCAUGGCCUCCAGUUACAGGCGAACGGUCGAAAAACUGCGGCCUCCAAGCCGACACUUUCGCGGACGAGAAGCGACUUCGGUCAAGGCGCGCAUCGUCAGCAGAACGGCUAUAUGAACGGGAAGUCGAGCGAAAAGAAGAAGGACGAAGACAUGGCUAUGAGACAUGGAUGGGAGGCACAAUUGCAGAACGAGGAGGCCGCGAAGAAUCUCAGUGAGAACUUCUUCAUGUACUACGAGGACAAGCGGCACGAGACUGCUGGGAACUUGCCUCCCGAUUUCGACCCCAAGCACAUGGUCACUGAGUGGCGCAUGAAGGAUCGGCUCAAGACUGUGUCGGCACUCUUGUCCGUCUGUCUGAAUGUUGGCGUUGAUCCGCCCGACGUGAUCAAGACGAAUCCUUGUGCUCGACUGGAGUGUUGGGUCGAUCCCGUUCCACAGGAUAGUACCAAUCAGAACUCUAAUAACACUAAUGCUCAGAUUGGUAAGAACCUCCAGUCACAGUACGAAAACCUGUCCCUCCGAACGCGAUACAAGGCUAUUAUGGAUCCCACGAUCGACGAAUUGAGGAAGUACACAUUGCAACUACGGAAGACCGCGCAUGCAGAGCGGAUUCUCUUUCACUACAACGGCCACGGAGUACCAAAGCCGACGCAAAGCGGUGAAGUCUGGUGUUUCAAUCGCAGCUACACUCAAUACAUACCGGUGAGCCUGUAUGAUUUGCAGGAAUGGUUGCAGGCUCCUGGGCUAUGGGUCUGGGAUUGUAGUGCAGCUGGCGGCAUUAUUCAAUGCUUCUUAGAAAGCGUGCAAAAACAUCAGAUGAACCAACAGGAGGCGCUGAAACGGGAUCCCAACCGAGCACAGCAACAGUUAAUGACGAAGUGGGAAGACUGCAUACACCUGGCAGCCUGUCGCGAGAAUGAGGUUCUUCCCACCAACCCGGACCUACCUGCAGACCUGUUCACAUCAUGUUUGACGACGCCCAUCAUGAUGGCCGUACGAUUUUUCAUUCUGCAAAACCCACUGGGCUCGACAUUCGGCGUCAGUCUUGACCAGGCGAGAAACAUUCCUGGCAAGGUCAGUGAGCGCCGGACGCCGCUUGGCGAGCUCAAUUGGAUCUUUACUGCCAUCACUGACACUAUUGCCUGGAAUUGCUUGGAGAAGCCUUUGUUCAAGAAGCUGUUCAGGCAAGACCUUAUGGUGGCUGCCCUGUUCCGCAACUUCCUCCUCGCGCAGAGAGUGAUGCGCAUGUAUCACUGUCACCCGGUAUCAUACCCAAAGAUUCCAGAUACCCACGAUCAUCCCCUGUGGCGAAGCUGGGACUUGGCUGUAGAAAUGAUCUUGUCGCAGCUGCCGAGUUUGAUAGAACAGCAGAAGGCACAUGAGGCUGCUCUGGAGGCGACACAACCGAACGGCCAAGGCGGUCCACCGCCGCAGAUGCCAGAGCUUGAUUACAAGCACUCUGACUUCUUUGCCGAUCAGCUGUCUGCUUUUGAGGUCUACUUGACUGCAGCGCCGAGCAAUCCCAGCUCGGUGGGUUACGCUAAGCCUCCGGAGCAACUCCCGAUCGUUCUUCAGGUAUUGCUAUCGCAGGUUCACAGGCUUCGGGCACUUGUACUCCUCUCGAAGUUUCUCGAUCUGGGUCCUUGGGCCGUGAACCUCGCGCUCAGCAUUGGCAUUUUCCCGUAUGUGCUGAAGCUGCUGCAGUCUCAGGCGCUUGAACUGAAGGCACCCAUGGUCUUCAUAUGGGCGCGUAUACUGGCAGUCGAUCAAAGCUGUCAAGCGGAUCUGCUCAAGGACCAGGGCUACGCAUACUUCACCAACAUCCUCAACGCCACAAAUGGCAUUCCCAUGGGCAAUGUCGCAGAGCACCGAGCGAUGUGCGUUUUCGUCAUUGCCAUGUUCUGCAAAGACUUUAGACAGGGCAAAGUCGCGGUCCUGGAUAGCAAUCCUGAGAUCAUCGAACUAUGCUUAGGACAUCUACAGGACAUGGAGAAUCCAUUGCUGAGACAGUUCAGCUUGCUGUGCUUGAGCAACAUUUGUCGCGACUUUCCGAACGCGAAGGAGGCAUACAUGGCACAUGCUGCGCACGAGAGAAUAUGCGACCGCAGUCAUGAUCCCGUGCCCGAAGUUCGGACUGCCAUGCUCAACGCGCUGACCAGCUUCAUUGCCACAGGAGACAUCGAUGGCGACAUCGUGGAGAUGGAAGAGAUACUUGUGGGUGUCAUAAUAAGCAUGGGCAUGGAUGGCUCGAUCAUGGUUCGCAAGGAGCUCACAGUAUUCUAUUCAGAGUAUGUCAAGAAGUACCUGAAGCGCUUCUUGUGUGCUGCCUUUGAGCAACUGCAAGAAGAGCAGGAUAAGCGCAGUGGCAAGGAACAAGUUGUCGACGACUUCAUUGCAAUGCAGAAAGAGGGUGGCACUGAUGGACUAUCGACGACGAGUGGUCCAGCCGGGGCGCUUCUCAACGGUUCGCGAGUGUCACACCAUCGCAGCGUAUCAGCGACAGCUGCUGAGACGGAACCACGCUCUAUCAAGACGACACCACGACAAUCGAAUUCGCUUGGCACUGUGUACAGGGCCGUGUGGCGGCAGGUGAUGAGCUUGUCUACUGACCCACAUCCAGAAGUUUCUCGCAACGCUGGAAUUAUCGUUGACUACGUUCUCAAUGCAUUGCUCGAGUCGCCUUUGGGCCAGGCAGCUGAAACAAUACUGGAUGAGCUGGAACGCAAGACUUCAAUGGAGACUUCAACCAUGGGCGCUGCAGUCCAGCCGCUCAGCAGAAUACAGACUGCAGGCCAUGGGCCUCGACCUGAGACUCCGCCAAGCCCUUCAGCCUCGGUCUCGUCGAAAGCGGACGGCUACUUUGCUCUGUCGAGGACGGCGAGCGUUGCACAAGCUCUCGGCAAGCUUGUUGGCUGGGGACCUAAAACACCUGGGGAGUUAUCAACACCUGGAUCGCCAACUCACGCGCGAAGAGGUUCGACACUGAGUGGCACAACAACGCCUUAUCGCUCGCGACCGCUGACUCCCUAUGAUGCGUCCAUGCUGCCUCCGGACGCACUGGACAACAUACAAGGUCCGGCACACCAGCCGCCUGCGAAGAUUCCGCCUACGCCGUACUUCCAGGCACGCGACCUGGCCGAGCUGCCUGAAGUCCCGUUGAAAUCAACCUUCUUUGACUGGUCGGCUUCAUACUUCCGAGAACCACAGAUGCGCCCUUCAGAAGCUGAUGAGCCGGGAUCGCGAGACUACAAUGAGCGUCUUUGGCGACGCAACAGGAAUGACAAGAUUAUCGCCUCCACUCAACCUCUCAAAGAAGCCGCUGGGUCGCAAGCCUGGGACAAGCCAUGCGGCUAUUUCGGGAUCGGCGCAGCGCCUGUGAAGAUGGUCUUCCACCAAUUCGAGAACCAUCUGGUUACCAGUGACGAUCGCGACAGUAUCGCUAUCUGGGACUGGAAAGCAGAGCAGCAACUUGCGCGCUUCAGCAAUGGCAACCCAAGAGGAAGUCGUGUGACGGAAGUGCAAUUCAUCAACGAAGAUGAUAUUGCCAUGCUCAUGGUUGGGUCCAGUGACGGCGUGAUCAAGAUCUACCGAGACUAUGAUAAUCUUAAAAAGAUCACUCAUGUAUCGUCCUUUCGAGCACUGAACGACCUCGUCCCUAGUACGGGCGGGACGUCGGGCUUGGUGUUCGACUGGCAACAAGGUCAAGGCAAAGCUCUUGUCGCUGGUGAUGAUCGAGUCGUUCGAGUCUGGCAGGUUGGACAAGAGCUUUGUGUCAAUGACAUUCACACACGCUCGAGUGCUUGUAUUACAAGCCUCACAUCGGACCAGGUGGAAGGCAAUGUUUUCGUCGCCGGAUUUGGCAACGGGUCCGUGAAGGCUUACGAUCAACGUCGCCCGAACGCAGAAACUAUGGUUCUUGGGUGGAAAGAGCAUACCUCUUGGAUCGUUGGCGUCCACCUUCAACGCGGCGGCCUACGCGAACUCAUCUCCGCUGAAUCGAACGGUGGAAUCCGCCUCUGGGAUCUCCGCAUGAGCAAAGCCGUCGAGAAAGUCAAUCCGGGCAAAUCGCGAGAACCCAGAAGUCUUCGCACCCUCUCCGUUCAUGAACACGCGCCUGUUUUUGCCACGGGAGGCAAGGACCAUACGAUCCGAGUAUACAAUACGAAGCUGCAGCCAUUGAGUAAAUUCGAACCUUACAUGAGUUAUCUGAGAGCUGGACUGGGCGCCACAGCGAGGAACGCGCCGAUUACCGCGACGGCGUUCCAUCCACAUCGUAUGAUGUUGGCUUGUGGUGCGGUCAAUGAUGGGCAUGUCAAUCUGUUCAAGUGUGAUAUUGAAGAGGAGAGAGUGAGGAAUGGAGAUGGGAUUGUGGAGGAGUGGCCUGGUAGUAGUGGGUUGCACUCGAGUGGGAGUGGGUAUUCGGGUGGCAAGUUCCAGUGA